AUGGAAGAGCGGAGCGCGGGGAGCGCCGCCAGCGCCGCCGCCGCCGCGCCGCCGCGCCGCCGCCGCCGCCUCCCCGCCCGCGCGCUCACUAGCCGCGCGCCCGCCUCCGCCGCGCCCCGCACGGCGCAGGGCAGCCCGCCAGGUCCCCAGUCCUCCGCGGCCCGCGUCGGCGGCCCCUGCGCUGGCUCCGCGCCGCGCGCCCCCGCGCUCCGGCCCCGCCCGCCCGCGCCGACAGCGCCCCCUCAGUCGGAGCGGCGAGCCAGACUCCCGGACACGCACACCAGAGGAGGAGGGGCGGGGGGCGAGUACCCUGCGGGGCCUGGGGCGGAGGAUGGGGGCCGGGGCCCGGCCCGGGUCCGCACCCCCUUGCUUCGCGCGCCUCCUACCGGGACCCGGAUUCCGCAGCCACCUGCAGCCUUCUCUGCCCUUGACCUGAACCCCUCCGGCCGUUCCUGGAACUCCCGCGGGCUGGAGGAUCCCUGCUAUUCGCCAGGAGCCACCAAAUUUCGGAGUCCGUGGCGGGACGCUCGGGGAGCAGGGGGUGGGUUCUACCGGGACACAAACUCAGGCCCGAAUCCCGCGCUCCUUCAGUGCGCAGCCCCCCAGCCUCGCAAGCUGACGGGCGCCCUCUGUGGGCGCAGGCCAGGCGGCGGGACGCCUGCCUGGGGAGGCACCCCACGCCAGGAGGAGCCCCAGGCCCAGAGAGAUGGGACCACCUCCAGCACCGUGGUUUCAGCACCUCGGCCAGCGCCGGCAGAGGUACUAAUGUGGCGCGAGGGCCCGCCCCUUGGCCCUUUCUUCGAGUCACAAUGUCCAUGCCCUGUCUCGGCCACCAUCAUGUUUACUGCAGUGGCCCCUAACUGGAGGCUCUGUGACCACCACCACCUCCCUGGAUCUGCUCUCAACACGGCAGCCAGGGGUGCCUUCUUCGAGCAGCUCCUGAGAGGAAAUGUACGUGGCACUGAGUGGUCCCCAAACCCUGUAAUCAGCAGCCGCACCAUGACAGGAGCACUCUGGCCCUCCAGCCCAGCCUGCAAGACUCCCAGCCCCAGUAGAAAUUCUGAGCCCUUCGGAGAGUACCGCGGACCCGGCCUGGCCCUGCUGUGCUCCCGAGAGGCGGCUGCAGUGGAGUUUACUGAGCAAAAGGGGAAAGUGCUGGCUGGAAGGGGCCUGGCAUCCGCCCUCCCACGCCCCGAACCACCACCACCACACUCACGAGCUGGUGACUGGCCCAAAGCCAUCCAGCUGGUCCGCGCGCCUCCGGUGGGCCUCAAAGCCCAGCCUGUCCGACCCGCCAUCAGGCUGCCCUUCGGCUCCCCGACACCCGGGGCCAAGGAGGCAGGGACCUUCCCUCCCCAGAGGGUGGCGCCAGACCCGCGGGCCAGGCAGGCUCCCGGGCAGCGAAGGCUCCAGCUCUCCCCCAGCGAGCCCACGACCCACUCCCGCCCCGGAGGGCGCGGCCUCCGCGUCACCAGGAUCGGGAGGCCGAGGUCUAGGAGAGCUCCUCCACCCCGCGCGGCCACCGCCAGGGCCCGGCUGGGAAGCCGACGGAGUUUCAAGUGGCGGAGGGGUGGAGGGGUGCUCGGGCUACAGGAGGACAGCAGUGGCUUCUCCGCGCAGGCAGCGCGCCAGGAGCCGCUCGGCGCCAUCACGCCCCGCCGCCUCCCGCCGCGCUCGGCCCCAGGCCCGGCCUCUGGGUCUGCCGGGCGAGGUGCGGAGGGCCCGGGCUGGCCUGGGGUGCGCGGCGCAGGGUCCGAGGGCUCCUCCCAGGAGCCCCCGCUCCCGGCCCUGCUCCCGGGCCGCGCGUGGGCGGCUCCAUCGCUGUCGCUGCGCGCAGGCCCGCCGGGUCUAGUGGUCCUAAACAUUUCACAAUUGCGCUACAGAACUGUUGAACUGUUAAGAACCACUGAACCCAGCGCGCGAUCCGCGUCCUCCGCGCCGUGGAGAGAAGAGCCCCGACGCCCGGACACGCAGGAGGAGCGAGGCAGCCGGACCCAGCCCCACCCGCCCAACCGCGCCCGACGAGCCCCCGCGAGCCCAGCCGUCCCGGCGGCGCGUCCCCUCCGCCCACGGCCCCGCGAUGCCCGGCGGUGCGUCCGUGCGGCGGCGGCGAGCGCCGCGGCGCCUUUUAAGCGGGUGGCCGCCCUCCCCCGCCGCCGGAAUGCGCCCGCGCCGCGCCGGCCCGACCGGUUUUUCCGGGCGGGGCGGCUCCCGGGCCGGCAGGUCGCGCGGCCGGGUCCACGCUCCGGGCCCGGGGACCAUACCCGCACCGUCCCGCCAGGGACCCGGGGCGCCCGGCUCACUGCGGGGAGGUGGGGACGGCGGCCUAGUUGGUGCCCAGGUGAGGACCGGAGCCGGCAGAAGCCCGGGACCCGGGAGCCCUGGGCCAGCACCCCGCAGCCCCAUGCACCCCGGCCUGCCCGCUUUAGUCACCUGGACAUGUUGGGGCAGCAGAGCUGCCCACUGGAGGCUAAUGGCGGAGUCCAAGCUUUAGGAAAGAAAAUUUGGAGGGAGGUGACCCCUAAAGUCCUCAGCCCAAACCCUGAGCCACUGCCCAGUCCGGGGCAGACCCCUCCCUCCACACUGCCACUGUCGCCGGCGCCAGAGGGGACUGGUAAGAAUGGAGAGGAAGAGGUGACCAGUACCAGCGCCCGGGGCCCCCACUCGCAGCAGGAGGUAUUGAGGUGUCACCUGUAG